AGGAGCUAAAUAGCAGCAAGGACAAGAGGCUUGGCUCAGUGUGAGCGAGCCACCUCGAAGGCCUGACAGACUCUGAGAUGACAAUAGGCAGCAUGGAGAACGUGGAGGUCUUCACUUCCGAGGGCAAAGGCAGAGGUCUGAAGGCUACGAAGGAGUUCUGGGCUGCGGAUGUCAUCUUUGCGGAGAGGGCUUAUUCUGCAGUGGUUUUUGACAGCCUCAUUAACUUCGUGUGCCACACCUGCUUCAAGAGGCAGGAGAAGCUCCAUCGCUGCGGGCAGUGCAAGUUCGCCCAUUACUGCGACCGCACGUGCCAGAAGGAUGCUUGGCUGAAUCACAAGAACGAGUGCGCUGCCAUCAAGAAAUAUGGGAAAGUGCCCAACGAGAACAUCAGGCUGGCCGCCCGCAUCAUGUGGCGGGUGGAGAGAGAGGGCACUGGGCUCACAGAGGGCUGCCUGGUGUCCGUGGAUGACUUACAGAACCACGUGGAGCACUUUGGGGAGGAGGAGCAGAAGGAACUCCGAGUAGACGUGGACACGUUCUUGCAGUACUGGCCACCACAGAGCCAGCAGUUCAGCAUGCAGUAUAUCUCACACAUCUUUGGUGUGAUCAACUGCAACGGUUUCACUCUCAGUGACCAGAGAGGGCUACAGGCAGUAGGUGUGGGCAUCUUCCCCAACCUGGGCCUGGUGAACCAUGAUUGCUGGCCAAACUGCACUGUCAUAUUCAACAAUGGCAAUCAUGAGGCAGUGAAAUCCAUGUUUCACACGCAGAUGAGGAUUGAGCUCCGGGCCCUGGGCAAGAUCUCAGAAGGCGAGGAGCUGACUGUGUCCUACAUAGACUUCCUGCACCUCAGUGAGGAGCGCAGGCGGCAGCUGAAGAAACAGUACUACUUUGACUGCUCCUGUGAGCACUGCCAGAAGGGGCUGAAGGACGACCUCUUCCUGGCAGCGAAGGAAGACCCCAAGCCCUCCCAGGAAGUGGUGAAGGAGAUGAUACAAUUCUCAAAGGAUACACUGGAAAAAAUAGACAAGGCUCGCUCCGAGGGUUUGUAUCACGAGGUUGUGAAGCUGUGUCGGGAGUGCCUGGAGAAGCAGGAGCCAGUGUUCGCCGACACCAACCUCUACGUGCUUCGGCUGCUCAGCAUUGCAUCAGAGGUCCUCUCCUACCUCCAGGCCUAUGAGGAGGCCUCACAUUAUGCCAGGAGGAUGGUUGAUGGCUACAUGAAACUCUACCACCAUAACAAUGCCCAACUGGGCAUGGCUGUGAUGAGGGCAGGGCUUACCAACUGGCAUGCUGGUCACAUCGAAGUGGGGCAUGGGAUGAUCUGCAAAGCCUAUGCUAUUCUCCUGGUGACCCAUGGACCCUCCCACCCUAUCACCAAAGACUUAGAGGCCAUGCGGAUGCAGACAGAGAUGGAGCUGCGUAUGUUCCGCCAAAACGAAUUCAUGUAUCACAAGAUGCGAGAGGCUGCCCUGAACAACCAGCCCAUGCAGGUCAUGGCUGAGCCUAGCAAUGAACCAGCCCCCGCUCUGUUCCAUAAGAAGCAGUGAGGACCUUGUUGGAGGGUGGGGGGGCUGUGGCUGGGGAGCUGAGGAAAUGACUACUCUGUGUCCUCCACUGUCGUUUUGGUUCAAUUCAAUUCAGUUUAGUUCUCUUUCAUUUCAGACCAACUCUUCCUACAUGUGUCAGGUGCUAGAUCCCACCAUCUAUUUAAUAAGGGAGCCCCAAAUAUAAUUGUGCUAGAAAGAAAAAUGUAAACAAACAAGGCACAGCAUAAUAGUAAAUGCCAUGGUGAGCUCUAUGCAGAGGGGUUUGUUUAGGGGAGGUGAGUUUGUGUGUGUAUCGGGUGGGGGUAACACCUGAGCUAAGAGUGGCAGGUACCUAGAAUCCCAGGUGACUGCUUGUGUAUCUGUGUAGGCAUCUCUGGGGCUGCUGGUCUCAUCUACAGUUAUGAAUAUUUAGGUUUUGCAGACUGGGGUGGGUGAUGUCCUGAAUCCUCAGGCCAAAAGUGUUUGACCCUUUGAGAUAUACUCAGUGAUGCCUAGAAAGAUGCAGGGAUCUUGGGAUCCUGUGGUCUUUACUCCUAAUCAGAGCUUGAAGCAUAACUUUAAAAUAACUCUAGAACACACAUAGAAGGAAUUUUUCCCUCCCUGGUCCUACCCACCAUGCCUGUAGCUCUUUAUGAUGUUGAAGAAAAGCUGAGUUUUUCCUGGCCAUUGACUUGUAAAGCUGACUGUGCAUGCCUGCCAGUGAUGGACCCAUCAGAAGUGGUGUGUAGGGGCUUCCAAGACUGAGAAGUCUGCCUCAGCCUAGGCUUCAUCAUUGGCCCAAUGAGGCUCUACUCAUUGUAUUGAGUGACUGUUAGUUCCUCUGCUUAAUUUCUUUAUCCUGUCUGUGCUCUGGGGGCUUCUCCCCUUUCGUAAGGCAGUUCACCUGGCCUGGAUCUCAUUGGAGAGUGGCCAGUUUGCUCUCAUUUACUUGGAGGCUGACUUCCAGCUGAGAAAUGAAGGCCCAAGAAGUGUCUUUUAGUUUCUGGAACCCCAACUUUCACACCAACAUGAUGGGAAAUCAUGAAGUAAAUUCUUUUGGUUGAGGGUGUCACCAAAACUUCUACGAAACCUUGUGCUACCACUGACAUCUCCCAGAACUCUAACAUCUUGAAGUCACAUGAUUCCCACUAAACUGCAAUUUAUUUCUGCCUAAAAUGUUAGUUUCUCCAUCCCCAGCCUUUCAUCCCAGAACAGUACCCUACCUGCCCUUGAGCCCUGCCCAGCCUCUGAGGCCUAUGAUGCGGGCACCUCUUUGUAGAAUAUUAGCACUGACCCUUGGUUCUUUUUGAGGAUUUGUUCUUCUCUAGAAGGCUUUAUGAAGACUGACAGUGAAGACCAUGCUCAGUAUAAACUUACAAUGGGGGGGGGGGGGGGAUGACAGAGUGGAUCCUUAAAAUGUUAAAGGAGUUGUGGCUUAACUGGAGACUACUCACAAACCCUGAGAGCCACAGUAAACAAGCCUAAGAGUUCCACGCACCCCCCUCACCAUCUGCAUCCACCCCAUUUUGGUGAACCAGAGCACUAAUCAGACAUCUGUCAUUGCCUGGUGACUCUAUUAGGGACUGCCUCUUUAAAGAUCUGAGGAAGAGAACUAUGGUGAGGCCUUGACCAUGGCCAGAAGGAUUUUCCUACAAAGCACUUUAUUUGCAGAGUGUAAAUUCAUCAUUAAGUACCUGCCGUCUCCUGGUCAAGUUCAAACUCCAAAGUUAAAAGAUUCACAGCAGAUGCUCUGUUCUCUCUCUGUGUCCUCUCGUGUAUGCCCAUUUUCACUUUACCUGCUUGCAAAAUAAAUUCCCUUGGAUGCUCUCGGA